AUGUGCCGUCUCAGUUACGGCGCUCUUACCUGCGAAUCGUGUCGAGUAUUCUUUGGUAGAAAUGUCAACAGAAUUCAAGGAUUUUUUCAUACAAACGAAGAAAGGGAACAAAUGGUUAAAUAUAGUGAUCAAAACCAAACGAUAAACAAUGAAAUCACUACUAUUUCCAAGACAUCGACUCCCAGUGGCAUCAAUUGGGUGUUAGAUAUGAUAUCCGACCCGGUCGUGAGGCCAACAUCUGAAGCCAAUACAAUACCCGAAAUCAUACGAGAUUCGAAAUCAGCUGUUAAGAUGGACCUAGAUGUUUUAAAGUUGGGCAAAUUAAGCAUUUAUGAUGGUCAAAGAAACUUUAUGUUUAAACUUAACCAAGAGUACAAUCACGACACGAAUCUCAUGGAUUUGUUAACAGUCAUUGUUUUAUUUAAUCCCAAUCGGCCUGAUUUGAGACACCGAGAUAUAAUUAAUUUGCAAAGACAAACGUAUAUUUAUUUACUUCAACGUAUAUAA